AUGGCUGCGAUUGCAGUGCCAGCUGCCAAGGUCUGGGAAGCUGAGCUCAAGAAGCUGGCCGUUCAGGUGCCGACGGGUGAGGAUGAUCAGGCCGUGGAAGCUUUGUUGCUAAGGAAUGCCAUUGCUGACAAGUGGCUCUACCUCCAGCAGCACAAAGCCACAACAGAGCAGGUCAAGCAGUACAAAAGCAUGCUGAAAUCUUUUCUGUAUCUGCACGGUGACGAGCUGGCCUUUGCACCCUUUCCGACCAUGCCCGGUGCCACCCCGCAGAACAGAUUGGCUGAGGUGGACAGUGCACCCAACGCCGACGGCUAUCGAUAUUACGUGUCGGUGCUGAGAAGAGGCACCUACAAAGGUGCCAUCGCUUGCCCAGCAACACUUCCAGUGGAUGCUACUUCUGUCCCUGGGAUGAUCCUGGUGAUGGGGAGUGUCCUGCAGACGGCAACACUAACGAGCGAUGCUGUGUUGAGUUGUCUUCAAGUCUUUGAAUCUCUCGAGCGGAUCAUGCCCCAAGACCGCACGAUUCAGGUUCUACCUCACGACCCCAUGUUUGUGGUGGAAGUGCAGGGUGGGCGGGCGCACACGGCCCAGUUCAGGGCGAUCCUGAAAGAGCUGCAGCUGCCGUGGCACAGGUUCCUUCAGAAGCUUCCCGGCAACCCCGACCAGCAUUUGCCGUUUAGCCACUUCUUGAUCGCCAUGCUACGCAUCAAGAACGACGCCUCCUUCAAACAGUGCGGGUCUUUCCUACGCAUGCUCAAACGAUGUAUGCACCUGUUCAGCCAGGCCGCCGAAGAGGCUUUGGAGCAGCAUGUGACAGAAGAUUGCCCAUCGCCAGAAAUUUCAGCACGAUAUCACCCAUUUCUCAAAUCUUCUCGGUUGCGGGGUAACAGAUGCUUAGCCAUGAAUCUUGUGCAGAAGUUCAUGAGCAGGGGCGGUGGAUAUGUCACCGUCAAGAACGAAACCCAGCUACAGGACUUGAACGUUCUACGACGUGGCACUGUCUACGCCGCCCGAACUUCUACAGAGUUUGCCGCCAGGUCCUUGGCCAAGGCCCAGGACUUCGUCGGCCAGGUCUUGCAGUCGCAAGAGUUCAAAACGGUCAAUUGUUGCUUUGACGGAGCGACGGUGAACCACGAGCAGGUCUUGUCUGUUGUCAUGCGGAUGGCAGGGUGCCAGUUCGCCGGUGCUACCCAGCUGCUUUCUGCGACUGGGAGCUCCAGUGAAGAGAUCGUGGAGGCCGCGGCCAGUAUGGCCUCAGCUUUGCAGGACCAGGUCCCUGCAAAGAAAUCCGAUGUCAUUGUCAGCAAGGACACUUUCAAAUUCAAGGAGUAUCGCAACGCCACGAAGACGGUACUUUGCGGAAUCACGAACAGCUUGAAACAGUGUCCACCCGACGAGUGGACCUUGUUGUCCGCGAGGCCAGCGAAUCUACUAGUGCCCGCAGGUCCGGACGGCCGGAGGUGCUGCCUGACUACUGCCGAGGCAAGUGCUCGUGGCUUGACUCCGGAUCAAGGAUCCCGCUGGUUUACCAUUGACUCAGAAUUGAGAACCAGUGCAUUGGACUUUUAUGAGAAUGAAGACCACUACCGGCUCUGCUGGGCCGCAGACGAGGGGACGGAGGGAUGGCUCGCAUGGCAACACGUCGUCAGCCAGGGUGCCUACGUCGCCUGGUGGUCAGACAUCUUCCACAAGGCUGCCCGUAAAUCGAGUGCAGCGAUUCGCAACCAGGACUCCGGAGAAGAGUUUAUGAGAAAAAUGAUGCGGCUUUUCAAGUAUACUCGUGGCCCCUACAAAACUUCCAAGUUCGGAAAGAGCCUGAGUGAGGCACGAGACGCAUUGCUUGAGGUCCUCCGAACGGACAAGAAUCACCCGAUUCUCGAUCCAUGGAUCGGCGGCAUUGCUCGAGACGAGGAAGGACCCCUCCACAAAAAAUCCGCGGUGGCCGGCGAAGCCUUUGCAGUCGACCACGCCGUUGCCGCUCUGAAAGCUCAGAAAGGGCGCUACCACGUCGUCGGCAACUCAGCGAAGGACUCUCGAUGGUUUGCCUGGUUCGACAACGGGCUGUGCUGGGACAAGGCCCACGAGCAUCAGACCGACAGCGCGGCAUCCAUCCGCACCGUGAUCUCGCUGGCUUCCGGAAAGAGGGUGGCCAAGCUGGUGCAGACGAUUCAGGAGAGUGUGACAGCAGAGGCUUUGCAGUACGUCGGGGCUACCAACGAUGAGGAGGCGCUACAGUGGCAUGCUUCCAUGCUGUUGAACCAGCUUGCAGGACUGGCGGAGUUGGAUGAACAACCCUACCAUUUUCCGUGGAAGUGUUGCUGUGUGCUCAGUGCGCCCCUCCGCCAGACCACACUCUCAGCGAUGCAGUCCGAGUGGAAGUUCGUGACAAAUUUCGUGGAUCUGCUCCCACCGACGCACCACCUACAUACACAGCUUAGCAUCACAAGGCAUCAAGUGUAUCGAGAUCUCAUGACCAAAGCCGAGCACUUCAACUUCGAUCCCAGUCGGAUGACUUCCGUCGCCAGCCAGCCCUUUCGCAUGGCCGUGAAUGCUCUGUGUGGCAUCACAGGCGACAAGCCUGACAGCUUAUUGUCUUCAUUACCCAGUGAGUUGGCUUUUAACGAUUUGCGGGAUGCUGCACGGCGAGCUACAAAAUCGGAGACCACCGCCCCGAGCAACUUACACAGCAUCUGCUUAAAGUCAGCCAUCAACAGGCCGGCCGGUGCGACAAUCCUUGAGUUGCAGGACUCUGACUGGAUGCAACCGUUCCGUGGCAAGAGUCUCAAAUCCCACAUCCAUCACUCGCUGAAGCCUAAGGACUGUGAGCUGGGGAUUAAUGCGGAUGGCCUGACAAGGCACAAGCAGAACAAGGCCUACACCAAACCCCACGUUUUCCACGAGAGGCUAAGAUUGCUGAAGGUGCUGCACGGAUCAUGGGUGGAGUCCACAGGCGAGCUUGACGAGCGAGCCGAUGCAGUGAAGGCGACCUUGAAAACACUGUGGGUCAGCAAGUUGGUGCCGCGACACUGCUUUUUGCAGUGGCGAUCUCGCCGACAAGGCGAAGCAGAGCGACGAAUGGUUCUUUCAUCGGGCCCACAUGCGGCCUUGGUUGUGAAUCUCAAGCGAGUCCCAGAUGCUUUGCCCAUCAGCUACACGUUCGCCGAGCCUGCCAUCCGCCGAGCCCUUGUGGUGGUUGGCGACGUCGAUGACAUCGAGAUCGCAUUGACGAAGCCUACUUUGCACCAGGGCAAGAUCCUCGGUUGGGCUCAGACCACAGACUACAUGAGCUUGCCGCAGUACGUGGCGGACCACUCCAUCUCUACGAUGCCGGCUAGCUUGCUUUCACAAGUUUGCUCCGCCCUUCAGAUGAAAGGCCAUGGCAAAAUGGGGCACCGCAGGCGGGUUGAAGCAUUCUUGCAAGAGAUGGGAAAGGACGACGACUACAUUCAAUCAGUCCUUGAUGAAAUUCCGGAAAAGGAGUCCAAGCCCCGCCGCCAGGAUGGAGAUGCCGAGCCUGGUGCUGGUGAACAGGACAGGCUCGACGGGCAGACGGACGAUGAGCAGGAGCAGGAGUUCCUGAAUCAUAUCAACCCCGAGCCCGAGGACGAAGAGCAAGAUCAGGCUAUGGACGGAGAGGCAUCGGAACGGUGCCCUGUCGAGCCAGCCGGAGGGGCAGGAGGAGCCGCUGAGGCUGCAGCCGCUAUGGCCGUGGACCAAGCCGAAGUCACUGGACCGAUUUUGGCAUUCCCCGCAACAAUAUGA